CCCUUCCCAUGCCUGUUACAAAAAUGAAGCCUGAUGAUGCAAGGUCGUUAGAAAACUAAUAAUUCUAAACCUUAUUUAGGAGACUAUCAAUGGCAAAAUAUCUUGUUCAGAUCAUCGUCCUAGGGUCCCAGGUUGUGGGACGAGCAUUUGCACGGGCCCUCAGACAGGAGAUCAACGCUAGCCAGCAGGCUGCAGCUUCAAGGGGUGCUGCUGGACAACAGACAAAGGCUUCAGAUCAGCUUACGGGUAUUAGCCUGCAGGAGGCCAUGCAAAUUUUGAGUUUAGAAGACCUCAACAAUCUCGAAGCGAUUCAGAAGAACUACGAUCAUCUAUUUGCUGCGAAUGAAAGAGCAAAAGGAGGCUCUUUCUAUUUACAGUCUAAAGUAUUCCGUGCCAAGGAAAGAAUUGACCAAGAACUCAUGGAGAAAUUUAACACACAGAAAUCAACUAAAUCUACCGAGCAAAAUAAGGACGAUUCUAGCAGCUGAUGAAGUGUGUCCUAGUAGGCUCAAACUUUCUACAAGACUGUGUCUCUGGAUUUUCUGCUUCAACUCCAUGGAAUUUUGUGUGUUCAAGUGGGAUCUAGACUUAGCUGGAAUACACAAGGCCAUACCCUUGUUGACAAACAUGUGAUCUUCAUUUGGACGUUCAAUCUAAGUGCUUGAUAUGGCCUGGAUGCCAGGGUCAACUUUCUGGUCACUUCCUUCUGGUCUUGGUAAAAAGCAACCUGUAAAAAUGGUUCCAAGUAAAAAAUCUUUCCAAUCUGUGAGAAAAAAGAUCAGUUGAUGUAAUUCUGAGUCUUAUUUUGUUUUUGAAACAGAAUUGAUAACAUUGAAAAUGGUGUAUGCUGUAGAUAAUACUGAUUAAAUUUGUUUGUAAUUAUUCUAAA